AUGGAAAGACAAAAUAAUUGUGUGUCAUGUAAUCGAUCUGUGUUACGUCGACGAAAACACGUGUUGACAGAGCUCUUUUUGGAAAGACACCGGGAUCAUGCAGUGUUAUUAUUGCAAGAAAUUAUCCCACGCGAGAUUCGUUUUGAUGGCUCGAGGGCCAUAUGUCAUGCUUGUUGGGUAAGGUUUGAUCGUCAUUUGCGAAAUGAACCCGUACCAGACCAACCAGUUCAAGAUCAGCCUAUACGAGAUCAACCAGUACAAGAUCAAGCACCUCCUCAAGUUGAAGGAGAGGCAAACGAGGAAAGAGAGGUUGCAGGUCCACAAAUAGGUUUUGUUUCACCUAGAGGAUAUUUGCGAGCAUCAAAUACAGCGAGGCAUUGUAUUUUUGCAAACUGCAGAAAUGUGGUGGCCCAUAAUGUUCCACAAUAUGCUAAGUUCCUACUUUUACACAAUCACAAUUUUUACAUACCAGAAUUAGCUCGGGUUUGUAAUGCUCAUUUUAUGAACAAUGAUUGGGAAGACUUGCUUAAUAAUCCAGCCUUCGAAAACUUUAACAGUGCUCAUGUUGUUGGCAUGAUGCAAUUAUAUAAAUGGGGUUUCGAACGAAGAGGCCACCAUGAUUUCGAAAAUAUCGAAGAAAUAGAUGAAAAUGAAUGCCAAAAGGAAUUUCACUUUUGGACGGGAGUUACAAAAUAUCAUUUUAAUGUUAUUUUGAACCAAACGCCUUCACUGCGUGAUAGAUCAGAUCGUCCCGCCACGGUUCUCGGAAUGUACUUAACAAAAAUAAGAACUGGUGAACCAGAUGAGCGCUUAGCAACAAGAUUCAGUAUCUCGAGAAGAACCUUAGAAAGGAACUUGGCGAUAGCAAGAGAAUGCUUAAGGGAUGAUUUUGUUCCUCAGAAUUUGGGCUUAAAUCACAUUACUAGAGAACAGGUGGUGGCCAGAAAUCUUGCAAUUCCAAGCCAUUUCUUUGGUGGUAACCAAAACGAACCGGCAGCUAUUUUAGUAUAUGAUGGUACAUAUAUUUAUUUGCAAAAGAGUGCGAAUUUAGUAGAUGUUACGGGACCUUACACAGCCACGACUUCAGAUGCA